AUGGAGAUAUACAGCGCCAGCCCAACGCCGCUAGGCGAACUAAGCCACUCCCUCCACGAUUACUCACAGGGAGGCAAAGACACAACAACACCAUACAGGCCCGGCGUCCCCAGAUCCGGCCCCGGCAGCGGUAGCAACCUCAGCGACAUCGGGCUCGUCAAGUCCACCAUCCUCCCCUCCUUCACGCUCAACGCAGCCAUCUCAGUCGCAACCUACGUCGCCGCACGCACCGCCAACAGAGCCGACCUCAAAGACUGCGCCUGGCCCGCGACACAAGUCCUCAACGCCUGGUGGGCCGCCCUCGGCCAACCAAUCUUCUCCCACCGCCACAACAUCACGCGCGCCUCGCCCUCGCUGAGCACCACCUGGCGCGCCCUCCCCUGGUCGCAGAAGGUGCUCCUGGGCUGCGUCACCGCGUGGGGCUCGCGCCUGCUGUACCACAUCGCUGCGCGGUCCGUCGAGCGCGGAAAGGACGACGCCCGCUACGAGGAGAUGAAGAAGCAGGAUCCUGGCUUUUGGGAUAACGCGCUCUGGAAGGUGUUCUUGCCUGAGGCGGCUGCGCUGACGAUCAUCUCGCUGCCGUUUACGGUGCCGUUCCGGCUGCCCGGGCAGGGCGUGCUGGAUUUGAGCCGCUGCUGUGGGGGGGUGGAUGUUGCGGGGGUGGCGAGGACGCUUGGGGUGGCUGUUUUUGGGGUCGGGUUUGCGUUGGAGACGUUGGCGGAUUUGCAGUUGGGGUUGUAUAAGCAUAAGAGGGGGGAUUUGUGUCGCGAGGGGGUGUGGAGUGUUGUGAGACAUCCUAAUUACCUGGGUGAUGCCCUCGUCCAUGCUUCAUUCGCACUGCUUAACAUCGCCAACGGACUCAACCCCGUGGUGCUCCUUGGUCCCGUGGCCAACUACCUGUUCCUUCGCUUGUUUGGCGGCGACAAGGAGAACGAGACCGGACAGGAGGAGCGAUACACCAAGUAUGACAAGGAGAAGUACGAGCAGCUGCAGGCGUGGCGGCAGGAGAAGAACCGGUUCUGGCCCGCGCUGAGCGAGAUCUCGAACCCGUGGUCAUGGGUUGUGCUCGGCUGUGGAGUGGCCGGAGUUGUCGUUGAGGAGAGCGUCCGAGGAUGGGUCAUGUCUUGA